GAGCGGGCCUCGGAGCGGAGGGGCCGGCGCGGGGAGGCGGGCGCCAGGCGGGGGUUUGCCGGGCCGCCGCGCGUGACGUAGCGCCGAGCAGGGCGUUAUCAGCUGCGGGGCCGCGGCGAGGGACGCGCGGCGACAGCGGACGGCGCCGCCCGGGCCCGGACGGCUGCAGCCCGCGGCCGCGAGCGGGUCCCGGGCGCUUCUGGCCGUCGCCCCGUCGCUGCGCCCCGACUCGGGGGCGGCAUGAGCCCCCGGCCGCAGCCCUAGCGCCCGCUCCUCCGCCCGGGCGGCCCGGCUGCGGUGACGGGCGCUCCUGCAGGGGUGGGGGCCAUGAAGCCGAGUGCGGCCGGGACGGCGAGGGAGCUGGAGCCGCAGGCGCCGGCCCGGGGCGAGCCGCGCGCGGCGGAGCCCGAGGGGCGCUGGCGGGAGAAGGGCGAGGCGGACACGGAGAGGCAGCGCACCCGGGAGCGGCAGGAGGCCACGCUGGCCGGGCUGGCGGAGCUGGAGUACCUGCGCCAGCGCCAGGAGCUGCUGGUCCGGGGUGCCCUGCGUGGCGCCGGGGGCGCGGGGAGCGCUGCGCCCCGCGCUGGGGAGCUGCCGGGGGAGGCGGCGCAGCGCAGCCGCCUGGAGGAGAAGUUCUUGGAAGAGAAUAUCUUGCUGCUGCGGAAGCAGUUGAAUUGUUUGAGGAGAAGAGAUGCUGGUUUGUUGAAUCAGUUGCAAGAACUUGACAAGCAGAUAAGUGACCUGAGACUGGAUGUAGAAAAGACAUCUGAAGAGCACCUGGAGACAGACAGUCGGCCCAGCUCAGGGUUUUAUGAGCUGAGUGAUGGGGCUUCAGGAUCCCUUUCCAAUUCCUCUAACUCGGUCUUCAGUGAGUGUUUAUCCAGUUGUCAUUCCAGCACCUGCUUUUGCAGCCCCUUGGAGGCAACCUUGACUAUCUCAGAUGGUUGCCCCAAAUCUGCAGAUCUCAUAGGACGGCUGGAAUACAAAGAAGGCCGCUGCGAAGACCAGGCCUCAGGGGCGGUUGGCCGUUCCCCCUCUACAUCACAAUUUAAUUCCCUUGGUGUCAUUGCAGAUGUGCAUCCCAAGUACCAGUGUGAUCUGGUGUCUAAAAACGGGAACGAUGUGUAUCGCUAUCCCAGCCCGCUUCACGCCGUGGCCGUGCAGAGCCCCAUGUUUCUCCUUUGCCUGACGGGCAACCCUCUGAGGGAAGAGGAGAGGCUUGGUAACCAUGCCGGUGACAUCUGUGAUGGAUCUGAGCCGGACGCCAUCAAGAUGGCCACUUCCUUACCAUCUCCAAGCAGUUUGUGGUCUGCUCCCCAUCCUUCGUCCAGUAAGAAAAUGGACGGCUACAUUCUGAGCCUGGUCCAGAAAAAAACACACCCCGUAAGGACCAACAAACCAAGAACCAGUGUGAACGCUGACCCCACGAAGGGGCUUCUGAGGAACGGGAGCGUUUGUGUCAGAGUGACCGGGGGCGUCUUACAGGGCAACAGCGGGAACCUUAAGAAUCCUAAACAGGUGCUUUUGCCCCCUGGCGGAGUCCCUUCUUUGGACAGUGGGACGUUCUCCCCGCCGAAGCAGUGGUCCAAAGACUCAAAGGCAGAACCACUGGAAGGCAAGAGGUUGUCCCCGCCGGAGGGCGCUGCCGCUGAACUUCCAAGUAAGCAUGUGCCCAAGAAUGCCAAGCCAGCUUCGCAGGAACACGCUCGGGGGCCCGCCGCCGUGUCGGGGGACUCCCCCAGAGACAGCAUUCAGGUCCUCGCUGCCUCUCCGAAGGAGAGCCCUGGGAGGGGCCCGGCCCCGCCGCAGGAGAACAAAGCUGGGCAGCCGCUGAAAAAGGUGCCCCAGAAAGGCGGCCUGCCGCCCGCCCCUCCGGCAGCGCCCCCUGUCGCCCCCGCGGCGCUGCUGGCCGCGGCUUUCGCGGUGGAGGAGCGGCCCGCGCUGGAUUUCAAGAGCGAGGGCUCCUCUUCGCAGAGCCUGGAGGAAGCGCCCCCCGUGAAGGCGCAGUCGGGCCCGGGCCCGCAGCCCGGCGGCCGGCCCCAUCGCGGCGUCCGGACGGCGGCCGGGCCGCGGGGCUGCGGCCCGAAGCACCGGGCCCAGGCCCUCCACGGGCCGGACGGCGCGCUGCCCGCCGUGAGGGAGAAGAGCCGCGCGGCCGGCAAGAAGUGCCGGUUCCCCGACGACGUGGAUACAAAUAAGAAGCUCAGGAAGGCCUCGUCGCGGGGCAGGAGGGGCGGGGGCGGCCAGCCCGAGGCGGGCCUCCCCAGCCGGCCGCUGCCUGGGGGCCACAGGGCGGGCGCGGCCAGGGCGCACGGCCACGGCCGGGAGGCGCUGGUGGCCAAGCCCAAGCACAAGCGAACCGACUCGCGGCGCUGGCGCUCGGCCGCGGAGGUGUCCCUGGAAGAGGCCCUGCGGCGGUCGCGGCGCGGCCGGCGCGAGCACGUGGGGCUGUACCCCGCCGCCGUGCCGCUGCCCUACGCCAGCCCCUACGCGUACGUGGCCAGCGACUCGGAGUACUCGGCCGAGUGCGAGUCGCUCUUCCACUCCACCGUGCUGGACACCAGCGAGGACGAGCGCAGCAACUACACCACCAACUGCUUCGGGGACAGCGAGUCCAGCGUGAGCGAGGGGGAGUUCGCGGGCGACAGCACGAGCUCCAGUGACUCCGAGGAGAGCGGGGGCCUCAUCUGGUCCCAGUUCGUGCAGACUCUCCCCAUCCAGGCGGUCGCAGGCCCAGACCUCCACGGCAACCCCACGAAAACCUUUGUCAAAAUCAAGGCUUCCCAUAACCUCAAGAAGAAGAUCCUCCGCUUUCGGUCCGGCUCCCUGAAACUGAUGACGACCGUUUGAGGGACAUCAUUGGGGGGGGGGGGGGGGAGGAUGGGCUGUUGUCUAGUCACCCAGGAGCAAGGUGGCGGCUUCUUUUUCUGUGUGACAGUUCCCUGGAAUGCUUUUCCUUUUGUUGAGGUAAAUUAUGUCUCGUCUUCAUCAUGUAGGGACACUAGUGCCUUUGAUGGAAGGUAAAGAAUGUUUUGCUGGUUAGGAGUAAAUACUGAGUUUUGCUGGUGGUGAUAGUGAACGAGUUUUGUGGUAGCAGGUGAUUUUUAUUUGAAAUACUCUGAGCAUCGGUGAAGGCGCAGGUUUCGAUGCUCAAGUCUUACUGCGAUGAGAUUCAGAUUACUUUUGACCUGAAGGUCAGGUGGAUGGAAUUUAGGACAUACAUUUGCUUCUUGGGUCUUUAGGGCAGCGUCUCCACGAGAGUUUUCCGGUUGAGAGGCAUCGCAUACAAGUGUGUGAAGUAGGUACGUCGGACAGUCAUUGUUUUCCGGAAUUUUUUAUACCGUCUCCCUUUCUCAGCUGUAUCCCCAUUCUGUUUUCUUCCCAGAACUGUUUGGUUAACUGGACUCAGAACUCGAAGACCAGACCCUAGAUCCAGAGCUGGUGACCUGGGUAAGGGAGGCUGGUAAUAACCUUAAAAGGAUUCCCUAAAACUUUUGCCACACUUGGUGCCUAGGCCCUGGUUACAGUUACCCUUUUAGGGCCGAUUAGCCAACAUUUUGAUGCCUUCCUCCUCCUCUCUGAGUUGCAGCAGAUCCAGCCAUUUCUUCCUGGAAGGUCUUGCCUUUGGGAUAACAUUUUGGUCCUUGGGUACAGAAAAAUUCACUUCUAAUGACAUAACCUUUGAGUGCGACUCCAAGCCCAGAAUUGCUCACUGAACACUGUGCCACCUGAACAUUGGCCUGAACAUAUUAGUGCAAUCCAGUCCAGAUUGGACCACUGACCCUGUCUGGAAGGGCUUUUUAAAAAAAAAUUUUUUUUUUGGUAAACAGUAUUGUGUAAAGCUGUUUUUUUAUACCAAUAUAUGCAUGUUUUGUGCAUGAGUAGCAAGUGUUUUUUAUAUUUCUAUUGAUGUUAAAUUACUGUUUGAUAUAAACAGUAUGUGUUUUUAUAUAUCAUUGUGUAAAUUUAAUAUAACGCAUUUUAUGCUGUAAUAAACAAUUUGUUUUACUGCU